AUGAUCGUGCCUUUCCCCAACCUGACGUAUGCCCUGGGACUCUGCGCUUUGGCCGGCAUUACCUCACACUUGGGCUACUUCAUCAAAGGCGAACACCACAUGCAAACACCUCGUCUUGUCACAUAUAGUAUUCUAUCUUUCAUCGCAGUGACUACGUUCCAAGUCAUGCUGUACAAAUUCGCGAUGCGAGAUGCCCUGGGUAACACGAGUUUGAUGGCAAUAGCCUACUUGAGUGCACUGUUGUCGAGCGUAUUGAUUUAUCGACAAUAUUUCCAUCCAUUGCGACACUUUCAUGGCCCGAAAUUGAUGGGUUUGACGAAGCUGGAACAUGUCUUCCGAAGCCGCAAGUUCGAUAAUUACCGCCAGCUUGAUGAGAUUCAUUCUACCUACGGCGACUUCGUCCGGACUGGUCCCAAUGAGCUCACGAUAUUCAGAGCGGCCGCUCUACCAAUACUUUUAGGUUCGCGCUCGCGGUGUAUCAAGGCUCCUUGGUACGAUUUUUCUACCCCGAAUGUUUCAUUGGUCACGACGCGCGAUCGAUCGUUCCAUGAUCACAAGCGGCGAGUAUGGGACCAUGCGUUCAGCAUGAAAGCACUGGAUCAAUAUGAGCCACGCGUCCUCAAAUUGACAAACCUUCUCGAAAAGACACUUGCGAGAGGCGCUGGUCAACCCGUCGAAGCGACAAAGCUGUUCUAUCGAUAUACUUUCGACGUCAUGGGCGAUGUGUCGUUUGAUACCAAGUUCAACAUGCUCCAAGGAGCAGAUGUUGAAGAGAUCAUAGAAACAUUUCAAGCUGGAGCUGGAGCUCGAGCGCUCCUAACGCCAGUACCAUGGCUGUUCGAAUUGAUAAAGGCCAUUCCUGGCGCCGCAUGGAAGUGGCGUCGUCUUUUCCAACAGGCACAUAUCAUUCUUGAGAAACGACUCAAAUCAGAGCCUGAGAAUCCAGAUAUAUUGGCAUGGCUUAUCGAGGCUUAUAGGACUGAAAUCAAAAAAGACGAACAGAUGCCAAGCUUAGAAGGUGAUGUUGUACUGGCUAUCAUAGCUGGCAGUGACACCACAGCUUCCGCGUUGACCUUUCUAUUCUAUCACCUCGCUCUCGAGCCUUCAAUAGCCGAAACUCUCCGUCAAGAGCUUGAGCAAGCCAACGACAUCCGUGACGACCACGCACUACAAGGCCUACCAUAUCUAAAUGGCAUAAUCAACGAGACAUUACGACUUCAUCCACCCGUGCCAGGUGGAAUGCCAAGGUCGACGCCACCCGAAGGUAUUGUGAUUGACGAUCAGUACAUACCUGGUGGUGUCACAUGUGUAGCGCCAAAUUAUACCAUUGCUAGAAUGGAAAGCUGCUUCACAAACGCCAUUUCAUUUGUACCCGAGCGGUGGAGUACCGCCCCGGAGAUGAUCAAAGACAAGACGGCUUUUGCGCCCUUCUCCUUAGGCCCUUACAAUUGCGUUGGAAGUCGACUUGCCUUGAAGGAACUCCGACUUGCAACCUCCAUCAUCGUCCAAAGUUUCGAUGUGAGCCUGGCACCCGGUGAGACUGGUCACGCUAUCACCGACGAUAUGCAAGAUAUUUUCACCGUUAUGCCUGGACCCUUGAUGCUAGUCUUCAAGAAAAGAGAAGGCUCAAAAAUUGCAUGA